AUGCGCGCGCACCUCGCCGCGAGCGCCGCGUUUUCGACGUGCCGCGACCCGGGGUUGAUCGCGAUGCUCGCGAGCGCGGUGUGCUCGCCCGCGUUCGCCGCCGCCGCGCCCGCGAGCCGCGAGCGCGUCGUCGGAUACGUGUGUCGCGCGUUGGGGGAAUGGCCGACAGCGGCGGCGGAGCGCGCGCGGGGAGACGUCGAGAAGGUCAUGUCCAGGGCGUGGGGCGACGACGACCUCGGCGUUCGCGUCGCCGCGCGCAGAUGUUUCGAGCUGUACGAGGCGACGUUCCCGAAGCGCGCGGAGUUGCUUCUUCGCGAGCUGAGCCCGACGCAGCGAGAGCUCAUCGUGCACGGAAGGCUGAGCGUCGGGACGGACCGCGGGAACGGUCAGUGGGCGCGCGGAUACGUGGGGAUCAACUGCGACGUUCGCCCCAAGGUGAACUUCUGGGAGAAGCCGAUGUUAGACCCGGAGGUGUUAGACCGCGUGGACGCGCUCAUGGCGGAGACGGAGGUGGACGCGAAGACGGACGACGAGGAAAGGCGCGUCGCGUCCGGGUCCCGGGACAAAGAAGACGCGUUGGCGUACGCGUUUCCGCAUCUGAGGCGCGUCCCGGUUACGCCGGUCCCCAUACGACCGCGUUCGCGCGGUGCACGCCCAUCCUUGAGGACUGUUGGGUCCCCCCUCGCGCGUUGCGUUCGUUUCUCUCCGCCCAGGGUCCCACGCUUUCGACGCCCGACCUCGAUGCCUUUCAACUUGAUCCGACGACGCCUUUCGACUCCGCCCCGACGUCGCUUCGCGCGGGAUAUGACCCUCAGGAACGACACGCCGCCGGCGUCGCCCAAGCCGCGGCCGCUGUACAUCGCGCCGCCGAGCCCGCCGUUGAAGUACUCCACCGGCGUCGUCGAUCCGAAAGUCGCGAAAGCGAAGAAGACGCUGAGGGAUUACUACGACGCCGUUCGAAGGAGCGGGCUCGCGAGGCAAGAGGGGCUCCCGGAUCCGGCUCUUCUCGAGGAUCGAACCGAGGAGAAGAUUCUGUUGGGAGACGUCAGGCGUCUGAGCGAGCGCGCGGAGCACGUGAAGAACGAGCACGCGCGGCGGCGGAUGUACGCGCACUACACGGACGCGCUGCGUCGUCCGUUGGACGCGGACGGCGAGCCCGUGGCGCGCGGCGCGUCGAGCGCGACCGCGACGACGGGCGGGUCGUAUCUCGCGCUGAGUCAAAAACCGGUCCACCCCGGGUGGUUCAAAGACCCGAACGACGGGCGGUUCAAACCGGUUCAAGUGCGGCCGCCGAAAGCGUCGCCGAUCAAGUUUGGCGUCGGCGGUUUGGGUUCCCCGCUCGAGUCGCCGGGGCGACGGAUCGAGGAGCGCGAGCACGCGUUGGAACGUCUGAAGCGGGAGUGGACGGACGACGGUCCCGACGGCAAAAAAGGCGGCGCGAAGAAAGAGCUCGUCUACUCCCCGCGCGGGAAACGCGCGAACUUUGAGCUCCUCCGCGCGAAGAACGCGAUGACCCGCGCGAAGACGUACGCAGAGAUGAACGCGAUGGAGCAGCGACGUGUUCUGCGCGCGGCGCGCGCGCGGCGGAUCGUCGAAGAGACGAUGGCGGAGGAGGCUGCGAUUUCCGCGAAGGAGGCGGAUGCGAUUCGCCAAACGCUCGACGACGCGACGGACGGCACGGAGCUUCUGUCCCCGGGGAGGAGGAAAAAAGGCGGCGGCGGGAAAAUGAGUCCAAUACGAGCGGCGGGACGCGGGCGGAAGCCCGCGUCUGGCGCGGGGACGUACGCGCAUCUCUCCGCGCGAGCGCGGGGAGGCGACUACGCGUCUAAAAAUAAAAACGGUGGCGGCGGCGGCGGCGGCGGCGGCGGCGGCGGGAAAAUGAGUCCGAUACGAGCGGCGGGACGCGGACGGAAGGGCGGAGGGACGAUCACGAUGCACUCCCCGGUGUCCCCGGAGACGAAGAGCGCGCUCGCGGCGUUCCACGACCACGAGAAGAUCGUUCGACGAGCGAAGAAGCGCGUCACGUUCGCGCCGUCGCCGAUCCCUCGAUGA